AUGUCUUCCCCACUAGCAGAUCCCGUCAAGCUUCCUUGCGGGCUAGUCUUCCCCAACCGCCUAAGCAAGGCUGCAAUGGCCGAGCUCAUGGCCAAAACUAACCACCCAAAUCCCAAACUCCUAGCCGCCUACGAGAACUGGGCCGAAGGCGGAUGGGGUAGCAUUCUGACAGGAAACGUCCAGGUUGACGUCAACCACAUGGGCAGCCCAUUUGAUGCGGCCUUGCAUUCUGAGUACACGGGCAACGACGAGGCUCUGCUAUCGGAGUGGAAGAAGUACGCCGACGCGUGCCAGAAGCACGGCACGCCAGCUCUCCUGCAGAUUUGCCAUCCCGGCCGUCAGUCGUUUCGGGUUGCCGGUCGUCGUGGCAUCUUCGGAUCGACACUUGCUCCUAGUGUUGUCCCUAUGAACAUAGGCGAUGGCUGGCUCAUGAGAACUCUUGCGGCCAUCACCUGGUCACAGCCGCGGGAGAUGACCCGCGCCGAUAUCGAGAGGGUGAUUCGACAGUUUGUCGAUACUGCUAGACUGGCGGCCGAUGCUGGGUUUGCGGGCGUGGAGUUGCAUGGGGCUCAUGGGUACUUACUUGAUCAAUUCCUGAAUGCCAAGACCAAUAUCCGCACUGAUGAAUAUGGCGGCACGCCCGCGAAACGCGCUCGAUUUGUACUGGAGAUCUUGUCCGAGAUCCGCAAAGUUGUUCCACCAAAGUUCUGCGUGGGUAUCAAACUCAACUCCGCUGAUCAAAGCUCUGCCGCCUUUGAAGACGUCAUGACACAAAUCAAGCUGCUCGUUGAGGCGGGUAUCGACUUCAUGGAGAUCAGCGGUGGGACCUACGAGGAUACUAGGAUGAUGGGCUAUACCUCCCAAUCAACCCCUCAAGCACCCAAAUCUGAACGCACUGCCGCUCGUGAAGCCUACUUCCUCGAAUUUGCCAAGGCAGUGCGCCAGCGACACCCAAAGCUGAUCCUUAUGCUGACAGGCGGGUUCCGGAGUCGUGCUGGUGCCGAAGCUGCAAUUAAAGACAAUGCUUGUGAUCUGAUUGGAAUUGCACGACCGGCUGCUGUGGACCCAAGAUGGCCCCUGAAGCUUCUGGAUGAGAGUAUUCCGCAUGACAAAAUGCAACUGCUUCUGAACAAAGCGCCAGUGCCUUUCUUUGCAAGGUGGUUGCCAAGCUUUCUUGUGGGCGCUGGAGCUGAGUCUACAUAUUAUGCGAACCAGAUCCAGCGGUUUGCUAGGGGGCUUAGUACAUAUGGCCCUGCUUUGUGA